AGUACAGCAGGGUAGAUCCUUGCUUAGCAGGGGAAUCAUGAGUCAAAGGCACAAGGAUUGAUAGCAGUUUGAUACCUGUCUAAUGGCUCUAGAGCAGGUUCUGCAACGGGGGUCUGUGGAUCAGGCUGUACACUGUGGUCAUUGCUCAGGCUUUUGGGAUGUUGACACGGCACAGGUGGAAAAAUAUGAAGAUCUUGUGGCUGGCAAUGGUGGCGUGGUGUGUCCUAGCACCUCCGGUCCAGACCAGCAAGAGCUCAGAGGAUAUCCGCUGCAAGUGCAUCUGUCCCCCGUACCGGAACAUCAGUGGACACAUUUACAACAAGAAUGUGUCACAGAAAGACUGCAACUGCCUGCACGUGGUGGAGCCGAUGCCGGUGCCGGGGAAUGACGUGGAAGCCUACUGCCUGCUGUGUGAGUGCAAGUACGAGGAGCGCAGCACCACCACCAUCAAGAUCAUCAUCAUCAUCUACCUCUCGGUGGUGGGGGCGCUGCUGCUGUACAUGGCCUUCCUCAUGCUGGUUGACCCCUUGAUCCGGAAGCCAGAUGCCUACACCCAGCCCCUGCACAAUGAAGAGGAGAACGAGGAGGCCCGCUCAUUGGCAGCAGCUCCUGCUCCCGCCGGCGCCAAAGCCAACACGGUGUUGGAGAGGGUGGAAGGAGCCCAGCAGCGGUGGAAGCGCCAGGUGCAGGAGCAAAGGAAGACUGUUUUUGACAGGCACAAGAUGCUGAGCUAGAGCAAGCCAGGCAUGCAGUGACGGUCUGCUGGGGACAGGCAGCUGCAGCAUAGCGGGGAUAGGCAAUGUCUGUCUCACCCAAUAGGAUCCCCACAGUGUUUGGUUUGAGCCCCCAAUCCCAUCCUCCCCGGUGUAUUGGCUUUCAUAGAGCAAACAAGGCCAAAGUGCCUGCCCAUGACUGUGCCCCCUGCCCCCUUUGCAGCCUAAGCCAGAGGCACCCUGAGCUUUGCCCAGCUGAGGGCCCCACUGACAACUGCUCUCAAAUGGCCCCAAAGGAAUCCCGGUGCAGCCGCUGCCAUCCUUAAUAAGGAGACUAGCAGAGACUACAGCUCCUGGCUUGCACUGCUCUAUCUUGACAGCGGUCAUGACACAGUGCUGCAUGCUGGGGCCUGUCGUUUCUGCUGGCUGCAAGAUGUGGCAAAUGUGGGACCCGGUUUUCGAACACCCUUGUCUGCAUUUGACGCUUUGCAUGCCCCUCUCCUGAAGCAUGUCACGUGGCAUGAAAUAGCCUUGAGCGAGGGCAUUGUAAUCACUGGGGAAUCCUUGUCCCUUGUCUCUUUGUUUGAGCUAUCAUGUAACAAUCUGCAGCCUGGAGAAUUCAAAGAAAACUAUUUAAUGAAACAAAGCUGGUUUCAGCCCAUUCCUGCCUUACACAGAUAUCUCGGCACAUGUCUUCUGCCAAACCUGUUCGGCCACUGUGCUGUCAAGACACAGAGCCCACUGGCCUCAGCUGAGGGGCUGCGAACCCAGAGAAACCAACAAGGGAAGAAAGUUUGUGUUUGUGCUGUAUGAAAUAAGCCAGUUCUGUACAUGUGGGAAGUAGGAUGCAGCUUGUCCUCCCGUAGAGCUCAUUUUCAAUAGGAGAUGGGAUUAUAUAUUAUUUAUACUGUCUCAUGGUUCUACUCCAUGGCAGGGUACCAAAAGUUCUACCAUGUACUACAGGGAGCCAGACUCUCACCUGGUGUAAGUUGGCAUCAUUCCACUAAGCUCAGUAGAGCUACCUUCAUUGACAUCAGUGGAAGAUCUGGUCCCAGAGCCUUUUCUGUAGGGACGCUGCUCUGGACACAAAAGGCCUGGUUCUCCUCUCAUUGGCACCAGUGUCAGGAUUUGCACUGGUGUGGAUGAGAGGAAAAUCCAGGCCUUGGGAUUCAGCUGCUGCUCUCAUUUACUCUGGUGUAAAUCUACCGUAACUCCACUGACGUCAGUGGGGUCUCUCCAGAUCUACACCCACAUUACUGAGAUCACAGUCUGGCACCUGAGCCUUCUGUCUAACUGAGCAUUGUGAAAUUGAGGAGUGUUGGGUACUAACAACCCAAGAAGCCCUGGAGGGGUGGACGGGGGAAAAAAGGCCUGAUUCUCAUUUACACUUUAGCCCUGCCCCUGCAUAGUGGGAGUAAGUUACACUUAGAUCCACUUUCAGGCCCGUUUACACUGGCAGAGCGAGGCAUAGGGCCAUUAGUAUCAAUGAGACUUUAGAACAAAGAUUUCACUAUGUUUAGCAGGUCUGGAACUUAAGCCCCUCCUGCUUUCUAGAUCACAGAGCCCUGAACAUUUACUAAAGAUGCACUUUAGUUUCUGUAAUGCAUAAAAAAACUGUUCGAGAUCUUUGACUAUGGUAAAUAUUUCUGCUGAGUGUGAGAAAGCAAAGUAAUUCAUUAGUGUAUUUAUUCAUCUGUUAUUCCGGUUUGUUUUCCCAUCAAGAGAGUUUGCUAAGUGCUUGAGUUUUGUUAUCAUGUAGCAUCCCUUCUUUAAACAGAAACAAGGGAGUGUGUCACUUGAGUGGCUUUUUUUUAACUGGAUACUUUUGCUAUGUAAGAAUUAAAAUAUUCUAUGCUGGGCUUUGCUCUAAGCUCCAGGAUGAGCA